GAUUUAAAAACACAAAAUGGCCACUUGUCGGCAAUUCAUAUUAUGAUUCGGAUACAAUUCAUAUUCAGCAAUUCAUUCAUUUGACAGUUUUGUAUGAGAAAUCGUAAAAUGGUCCACAAAAUAGGAAUUGCUAAUAUGUCAAUUAGCAGAAUCAUAAGAAGUUACUCGAGAGCAACAUCUAACAAUUCAGCUUCUUCGGAAUUUAUAUAAAUAAUUUAAUUAUGGCAGAUUUAGGCCUUUAUGAAAACUUUUUGGAGCAUGCCCGUGUUACGGAGGCUAUUUUACAUCGUCGGCGAAGUAUGGCUCUUCGGAACAUGGAAAUAGCCUUCGAGAUACCGGAGCCCGAGUUCGUCGGGUUGUUUCGCCUAAAUAAAAGUGUGUGUCUGGACCUCAUACAAGAGCUGGAACCGUAUUUACCAUCUCGACGUGGAGGAAUGAGUACUGUCUCCAAAGUACUAAGUGCACUAAGCUUUUACGCGUCUGGUUCGUACCAACGCUUUAUAGGAGCAAGUGCGCACCACAGAAUGCACCAAGUUAGUGUAUCUAACUGCGUGAGGGCUGUGACGCAAGCUAUAAAUAAUAAUCAUUUUCGGCGGAAAUACAUUAAUUUCCCACAAACUCGGGAAGAACGGAAUAUUAUAAAAAACGGGUUCUACGAGAAGUUUGGGUUUCCGGGAGUUGUGGGAUGUAUAGAUGGCACUCACAUCGCUAUUACUAAGCCUGCAGAAUUUGAGGAGAGGUAUUUUAAUAGGAAGAGGUAUCACUCCUUAAAUGCUCAAAUAAUAUGUGAUUCCGAUUUAAAUAUUCUAAGUAUAGAUGCAAGCCAUGGGGGCGCAAGCCAUGACGCGUUUAUUUGGAAUCACCACCCACUUAAAAACCACUUGGAACAACUUCAUCGGGAUCAAAAUGAAACGUUGUGGUUUUUAGGUGAUUCAGGCUAUCCCCUUCGACCGACCCUAAUGACUCCGAUAAUAAAUACCGAACCUGACUCUCCGCAAGAGUACUACACCGAGCUGCAUUGUCGGACUCGGAAUACUGUAGAGAGAUGUAUAGGGGUUCUCAAAUCGCGCUGGCGAUGUCUAUUAGUUGAUAGAAAAUUACAUUACCACCCUAUAACAGCUGGGUUAAUUACAAAUUCGUGUGUAGUUUUACACAACAUUUGUAAUGCAACUAGGUUGCCCUUUUCGCCUUUAUCGCCACAAGAGGAGCAACGUGAAAUAACUCGACAGAUUAUGUCACAUACACAUGUGGAAAGUACCACAAGAAGAAACAACCCAUUAGCUGCUGGGGAAUCGGAGAGGAAUGCACUCGUAGCAGGCCUCCGGGGGUGA